UCUUUGAUGCGCCAAUCUCAACCCGUUCAUGGUGCGUCGGCUAAUGCUCUUCCGGUCAGUGGUUGUCAAAUCAAAGACACGUGCUCAAAUUGGGUGUCCAACACCCAAGGCAGGAACCUACCACUACCAUACUAAAACAAAAACCAUGUGCCUCUCUCUGUUUACGCACUCAACUUAUUUUAUUACUCAACAAGUGGAGGACCUCAGUCUACUUUGGUUCUGGUUCUGGUUCAUUUGGAAGGACCCCCUCUCAUCACCAUGCAUUGGUCAAAAGUGUCCUUACUAAUCAUGUCUGUUCAAAUUGCGGCACAGGGUAAUCGUGUCAUUCGAAGAGAGGUCUUCAACUCCAUAACAAGAAAAGACCUGGAAAUUGCCAAAUGUCAAGCCUCUUGUCAACAACAUUACCCUCAUCACUCCCAGGCUUCUUUUGGACCCAAUCGCCAAUGCUGGAAAUUCUGCCAAAGUCUGUCCGUUGGUCCCGACACCCCUCAGCUGUGCGAGAACUUGCAACUCUGUCCAGAGCCUUGUCAAGUGGCAUGUGCCGCCAUUCUGGCCCGUCAACCAGUCAUCAAAACCAGCAACACUGAUCCAACAAUAAUGUCGCCGCCAGUUCUGAGCCAUUGUACCUUGACUUGGACAGAACCCCGCCGACCAUCUGGAAACCAUCAAGUCCUGCGGGUUCCAUCUACGCCAAUUGAGGCGGCAAAGGUCUACUUGUAUGUUGUGUACGCGAAAGAUCGCAAGGGAAAGUGGAAGAGAAUGACCAAGACAACCCAAACAGCCGUGGACAUUCCAAAGGCCACUAUGGAGGCUAUUCAAUUGAUCAAAGUGGUGGCCAUGACUGGAACCGGAUUCGUUGGGGAGUCGAACAUGAGAGUGAAGAAACGGGACGAGAAUGAAUGUACACCAGCCAUUCAGAGGGUGUCACACUGUCAAAGGUUGCCGCUUUUGCAAUCAGUCACUGUCUGAGAAAACGUCCUAAUGCCUGCGAAAAAAAUGAUCAUUUGGAAGUCGUCAUCGAAUCUUCCACAUGUAUUUGAAUGGAUUUGGCCCCCAAUUGUCACGCAGUACUUUCAUGCACUCGCACCUUGGAGAAACAUGCGUCCAUCUAUGGACAACACUUUACUACAAUUUCUAUUUCGAAGUACUGGAUCAAAAGCGAGGCACUUUGAUUUGAGACAAUUGACCUACUUUGCGGCAACAAACAAGUGUCAUUUCUUAUUUGAAACUUGUUUCUUUGAUCUUUGCCAUGUUAUCACAUAUUUAUAGAAAUGUUUCCAAAGUGUGUGUUUAUCUAUAGGAAUCUCCUGACCUCAAGAAACAGAGACUCGGCAACGUUGGGUAAAGAAUUCGGAAAUAUGAAACUUUUUCGUAAAAAAAUGUCAUGUUUUUGUUUUUCGUGCCUUGCAGGUCAAAUAAACAUGAAAUAAACAUUAAAUGUA